AUGUCAAUUCCAAUUGCAAUCCCUUCCCAAAUUAAAGACUUUUUAGGUCACAUCGAUAAGCACCCUGUAGCAGACUUAUUCGUCUUAUCAGAGUUCGAGAAACAUUCCGGUUUACCGCGUUCAUAUGCCGUUAUAGUAGCAGGAAUAGUAUACCUUGCUACAGUCUUUUCAAACGUUGGUGGUAUUGGUGAGUUAUUAUCCAAUAUCUCUGGCUUCUUGGUUCCUGCAUAUUAUUCGUUACAUGCCUUGGGAACCAGCACCACCAAAGACGAUACUCAGUUGUUAACCUACUGGGUUGUCUUUGCCUUCUUAAAUGUGAUCGAGUUUUGGUCACUGGCCAUUUUAUACUGGAUCCCAUUUUACUGGUUAUUCAAGACUAUCGGAUUACUUUUCCUUGCUACUCCAAGUACUGGUGCUGCCGAUUUGGUUUACACUAACAUCCUCCACCCACUUGCCCACAAGCACGUGAUUCCACAAUUAAAGGAGGAAUGA